UUUUUUACAUUAUACAUGACUCAUAUUUUAAUAUUGUGCUUUAGUAUAAGACUUCUAGUUUAUUGUCCUUUCUCCUUCACAUCUAGGAAGAAAACAUUAAAGAUGAGUGUUGAUACAUCACAAAAGAUGAAAGCCAAAAAGAAAAGCAGAUAUUUUAUGGAAACUGAAGAGAAAAAUUCAAAUAAACAAGAGGAAGAAAAUUUAGAGGAUCAAAAGAAACGUAAGCAUGAAGAAAUUGUCCAGUUAAGGCCUAAAAAAUUGCAUAGAGAAAAGAAGAAAAUUGUAUCUCAGCUAAAAAGUUUGCACGAUAUACUAGGAAAAACCAGAGAGCCAGAUGAAGAAGAAGUUGAAUUGGAAAAUGCUGUUUUUGGUGGUGAUUUUGGAACUUUUGAAGAUUAUGAGGAUAAAUCCAAUAUUGAAGAAUUAGAAGUUGAAGAGGUUAAAAGAAAACCUGCUUGGGAAGAUGAAGAUGAUGAGCAAUUUCUGUAUGUUUAAUUUACUGUAUAAUUCCUAAAAAUAAGGAUAUAUUUGUGUGUUGUAUGUUUAAAGAGGGAUGUUUUGUAAACAAAAAAUUAAUUUUU